GUACUGUUAUUGAUAGGUGAUGCUUGUUUUUGGCCUUAUGGGUGCGCUACGAAUGUGUGAAUUGCAUGAUAUAAAAGUAGACGACGUUCAGCAACAUGGCGAUCUUUUAUUAGUAAAUAUACCAAGCUCAAACACGAAAAACAACGCAAAAAAAAGCUUUGUGAUCCAAGGAAAAUACUUAGGUUUGGUUAGGAAGUACAUGGAGUUGCGUCCUCCAAAUACAAACGAAAAAACAGACCAAUUUUUUAUUCAAUAUCACGAAGGAACGUGCAGUCGGCAACCAAUCGGUAUUAAUAAACUCCGAGGCAUACCAAAACUAAUUGCUAAAUACUUGAGUCUACCGGAUGCGGGAAAAUAUACAGGCCAUUCCUUUCGUCGGACGUCUACUUCAAUACUAGCCAAUGCGGGAGCCAACGCUCAGACUAUCAAACUCCACGGUGGCUGGAAGAGCGAUAGCACUCCGAAUCGUUACGUUAAUGAGUCAAUCCAACACAAAGCCAAAACAGCUAAUAUCAUUGCAUCUGCAGUUCUCGGACAGUCUACUCACACAUCUACGGAACCAUCUGUACCUGUACACUCUGAUUUUGCUCGUAUCGAAGAUAUUCCUUAUUUCAAUCUAGAUGAAAAUGAAACUAAAGAUUCUGAAAUAGAAAAUAACGUUUGUAACCCUGAAUUCAUUCCAAUUUUGACUCCAAAUGGAUCCGAUGUAACUAUAGAUUCAAUUUUCAAUCAGAAUGAAUCAGGUACUGUUAUCAAUGAUUCUCAGUUAAGUGCUUAUAUAGUCAAAGAUGAAUAUAAAAUUACACAAUCACAGGUUAUUUCUGACGAAACUGUGGUGCAAAAACCAAAGAAAUUCAAAUACAAAACGCCGGUAUUGUACAAGUUCAAAAAUUGUCAUGUAACUAUUAAUCAUUAAGUUCGUCGUUGUUUUCUCCUUCAUGUUAUUCGUAAUGCAAAGAUGUUUUGUUUUUGUUUUUUUUUUUUGUUAAAAAUGCGUCGUUGUUUUCGUAGGUAUGUAAUUACGUGUUCAUAUUUUCAGUUUUAUUAAGUUCGUUGUCGUUUUUUCAUUCGUGGUAUUCGUAUUCAUACUGAAAGGAUGUUUUUGUUUUUUUUUUUUUGUUAAAAAUGCGUCGUUGUAAUUAUGUAUUAUAGUUUU